AUGGCACAAUAUCUAGCGGCAAUCCUAAAUAACAUUGUGGGAAAAACUGAGUACCAUGUCAAAAAUAGCUUUGAAUUUGCAGACGAAAUUUCGAAGCUACAGGUCCCAGAAGGCUGUGUGAUGUUUUCGCUAGACGUUACCUCGCUCUUCACAAAUGUACCGACGUCGAGCACUUUCGAAUACAUAUACGAAAAAUGGCACAAGCUAAGGAAAUACACCGACAUCCCGCUUGGCUCACUGGAACAAGCUCUUAGGGUUGUAUUGGGUGCAUCAUUUUUCCAAUACAGCUCUAAAUUUUACGAACAGAUCCAUGGAGUUCCGAUGGGCUCACCGAUAAGUUGUGUCGCCGCAAAUAUCGCAAUGGAACAACUUGAACAAGAAUGUAUUGAAAAACUGAAGAAGAAGAAUGUUCACAUCUCGAUGUACAGGCGCUAUGUGGAUGAUUGCUUCAUCGUUGCACGGGAAGAAGAUGUGGACACAAUUUUCGAUACAUUUAACUCCGCACACACGAGCCUGAAAUUCACCAUCGAGAGGGAGAAUGAUGCGAAAAUUCGCUUUCUUGAUAUGACUUUGCACAGAACAGGGGAGAAGAUUGAAAAGUCUUGGUUCCCUAAGCAACCGGAUGGGCGCUAUUUAGAUUUCUUUUCUGAAAGCCCAUAUACGCACAAAUCCAAUACAGCAUUUGCGCUUAUUGAUCGUGCGUUAAAACUGUCCGAUGCUAAAAACAGAAAAAACAGCAUAGUAACAGUAAAGUCAAUUCUCAUGAAAAACAACUAUCCGCAAAAUAUGGUCGACAACAUAAUACAAAAAAGAGUACAUCUGAUGUUCAACACUUUGGAAAACAAAGAACAUAAACCGGACGGCAGUCGCUUCGUAUCGCUCCCGUACAUACCACGUUUGACUGAAAAAGUUGCCAAAAUCUUGCGGAGAUACAAUCUGGUUGCUGCUCCCAAGCCGUGUGAUAAAAUUAAGUCGAACAUCUUCACGAAGCUCAAGGACCCAAUACCGUUAAUGCAGCAAACGAAUGUCGUGUACGCCAUCUCAUGCUCUUGCGGUAACGAGUACAUUGGACAAACUUCUCAAACAUUGUUCAAACGCAUCAAGCAGCACGAGAAUAACGUACGCCUAAAACAAAAAUCCACGGGGUUGGCGCAACACGCUUUAGACAACGGUCCUGGCCAUGUUUUUGGUUUCUCUAAAACGAGAAUAUUGGAGAGAAUUACCAACACGACCCACCGACGGAUAGCCGAAAAAUUACACAUCAAAAUGCGAGAGAAUCGAGCGGUAAACAUCCAACAGGAUACCAAAGGUAUCUCAAGUGUCUACAACGGUCUGUGGAAAAAGCUACGAGAAAAAGACGACGCGGAAGUCAGGCGGAAAACAGUAGUAGCGUCGACAGUUAGCGGCAGCAGCAGCAACAACAGAUAUGCUGGACCCAGCAUCAACUACCAUCGCUCGCUGUUACUUUCCGGAAUAACAUUCCGGAACUUUGGUGCAGUAGGAAGGGAAGACGAAGGACAAUGUUUGGACAGCAGCGCAGGGUGA